GUAAGUUUUGCGUGCAUGCAGGUAUGAAUGUCGUGCAAGAAAGUGUUCGUCCGGACAAGUUGUCAACGCUAUAUCAUGUCCGGAAUUGAUCAUGCUGGGCGGCAGGAGCCUGAGGGCUUAAUUAGUGAGCGAUUCUAUAUAUCAGCUCUAUCGACAUACUGCGCCGUAUUCUUCACUUGCCACUUGACACAUUGGACAUCGCCACUGCCCGGUCCAAGCAAAAUCUGAAUACUGAAUACUGUAGUCACACAAUUCGCACAGCUUAUGAUCCUGAAGAUGGAAUGCUGGCAUGAUUGCCACAACCAGCCAUCACGGCCUGACAGCUAUUGUCACAAGCGCGCAGGUGAAGCAGACGAUCUUCACCGCUGGCGCGGGAAACGCGCUACAAGCUGCCGUUGCCUCGGUCGUUCGUUUGCCCUUGGAGGAGGUUCCCAACUUCAUCGAGGAUCCGGCUGGGUAUGAGCAAGCAUGGAGAACUUGGCUGCAUGCGCGCCAGCUCGACUUGCAGAAGAUACUGCUGGAGGACGGAAAGUUGAAAGGGGACGACCUUGGAAGAUGUGCUGGGAAGCUUUGCGUUUUGCGUGGCACGUCGCCACGUGGUGACCACGGCCAUGUAGUCGUGGCCAGAGUCAAGGCCGAUGGCGAGUUUGAGCUGCUUCACGACCCCUUCCCAGAUGCAGCGAGUCCGAUGCUGCGGCCGCCCUUCGUGUGGGCAGCGAUGAUGCUUCCGCAGUGAGGGG